CUGGUCUGCAGUGUGGGAAGCCGGCCAGGCCUGUAACCAGCGCCCGGGCCGAGGGCCGGACCUGCGUCCGCUGCGGGGCAGGGAUACCGGGUCCCUGCAGGGAGCUCAAGCCCCAGCGCGCCCGCGAAGAGCUGCGCGGACUCCCGGCUGCUUCCCCCGAAUCCCGGGCGCAAGAAGCGCGAAGCCGGACGAACGCGGGGAGCGCGCGGCGAGCCCAGCCCCUCCCGCCGCCCGGGGUCACGCGCCGCGCGGUCCCGCCCCGCCCCGCAGCGCCUCAGCCGACCGGGGCUUCCGAGCUAGCAGAGUCCCGCGCCCCGCACUCCAUGGAGCAGCUGCUGCGCGCCGAGCUGCGCACCGCGACCCUGCGGGCCUUCGGCGGCCCCGGCGCCGGCUGCAUCAGCGAGGGCCGAGCCUACGACACGGACGCAGGCCCAGUGUUCGUCAAAGUCAACCGCAGGACGCAGGCCCGGCAGAUGUUUGAGGGGGAGGUGGCCAGCCUGGAGGCCCUCCGGAGCACGGGCCUGGUGCGGGUGCCGAGGCCCAUGAAGGUCAUCGACCUGCCGGGAGGUGGGGCCGCCUUUGUGAUGGAGCAUUUGAAGAUGAGGAGCUUGAGCAGUCAAGCAUCAAAACUUGGAGAGCAGAUGGCAGAUUUGCAUCUUUACAACCAGAAGCUCAGGGAGAAGUUGAAGGAGGAGGAGAACACAGUGGGCCGAAGAGGUGAGGGUGCUGAGCCUCAGUAUGUGAACAAGUUCGGCUUCCACACGGUGACGUGCUGCGGCUUCAUCCCGCAGGUGAAUGAGUGGCAGGAUGACUGGCCGACCUUUUUCGCCCGGCACCGGCUCCAGGCGCAGCUGGACCUCAUUGAGAAGGACUAUGCUGACCGAGAGGCACGAGAACUCUGGUCCCGGCUACAGGUGAAGAUCCCGGAUCUGUUUUGUGGCCUAGAGAUUGUCCCCGCGUUGCUCCACGGGGAUCUCUGGUCGGGAAACGUGGCUGAGGACGACGUGGGGCCCAUUAUUUACGACCCGGCUUCCUUCUAUGGCCAUUCCGAGUUUGAACUGGCAAUCGCCUUGAUGUUUGGGGGGUUCCCCAGAUCCUUCUUCACCGCCUACCACCGGAAGAUCCCCAAGGCUCCGGGCUUCGACCAGCGGCUGCUGCUCUACCAGCUGUUUAACUACCUGAACCACUGGAACCACUUCGGGCGGGAGUACAGGAGCCCUUCGUUGGGCACCAUGCGGAGGCUGCUCAAGUAGCGGCCCCUGCCCCACCUUCCCCUGUCCCUCUGUACCCGUCUCCCAGUCCCUGUCCCCCGUCCCUGUGCCCCCGUCCCUGUCCCUCUGUCUCCAUCCCCCCGUCCCCCCAUCCUCCUGUCCCUGUCCCCCCGUCCCCGUCCCUCCAUCCCUGUCCCCCGUCCCCCUGUCCCUGUCCCCCUGUCCACAUACCCCUGUCCCCCUGUCCCCGACCCCCAUCCCCGUCCCCCAUCUCCGUCCCCCCUGCCCCGUCCCCGUCUCCGUUCCCCCGUCCCCAUCCCACAUCCCCGUUUCCCCUGUCCCCAUCCCCCAUCCCCAUCUCCCAUCGCCGUCCCCCCGUCCCCCUGUCCCCGUCCCCCCAUCCCUGUCCCCCCGUCCCCCUGUGCCUCCGUCCCCGUCCCCCCGUCCCUGUCCCCCUUCCCCCGACCCCUCCCAGAUCCUGGGGACCAAUAAAGCCCGCAGCGGGCCUCGGCUGGCGUCCUGCGCCUCCUUCCUCCGCUCGUGGGGCUGCUUUCAGGGCCAGACGCA